GCGGUGACGUCAGUCUGCUUCAACACAAAAGCCUUUCAUACUUUGUGAGUGAGUUUUUUUAGUGUUUACGAGCGUGUAAGAGUGUUUGAGAGUGAGUGUAAUGGUGUGUGUGCGUAGGUGUGAAAAGUUGCAGGAGAAAGAAAACAAAGUGCUCUUUCUUUACGCGCACCAUAUAACCCCUCCCCCUUACUUCCGCCCACGUCCGAGUCCUGCGCCCCCAUUGGGUGGCCAAAUAAUGUGUGUGUGUGUGAUUUCGUUGGUGCUAUAUCAAAUGUAAGUUGCACAGUGGUGGAGGUAGUAAGCGUCCGACUAAGUCUGCUGCCCCCUCGUGGAGGUGGCGCGCUGUAGCAGCCUCACUUUCAAUUACUUUCGAGUCAAGCCAUUGAAAGGCCCAAAAGUGGGUCGCCGGUCACGCCCAUCUGGUCCCGCCCCCGGUGCCAGUGUGCCCGGGCCCAUUCGUCGUCAUGGUGGUCGCGAUCCCCUUCGUGCCGGACAAAAUCGUCUUCGUCUUCCUCACGUCAUGCUGGACGCGCUCGCCUUCCUGCUGGACAAAUUGGCGUUGUUCUUCGUGACGUGCGCGCCGCCGCCGGAGCGCGAGCGCGUCUACCGGCGCGGAGACUUGCUGGAGGUGCCGCGCACGCUCUUCACGCAUUUCGGCAUCUACGUGGGCGACGGCCGCGUGGCGCACCUCAUCCCGGACAUCCUCCCGGCCGUCACGUCGGACGCGCGCCGCCUCCGCAGCAAAGUGACCAGCGCGCGCCUGCUGCUCGGCGUGCUCGCCAAGCGCGCGAGCGUGCGCGUGGACUCCGUGGAGGACUUCGCGUACGGCGCCAGCGUCCGGCUCAACACGCACGCCAUGGAGCGCGCCGCCGGUAGCCGCGGCCAGCCCGACGCCGAGGAGGCGGCGAGGCGGGCGGAGCGCCUGCUCGGCAGCGCCCCCUACAGCCUGCUGUGGAACAACUGCGAGCAUUUCGUCACGUGGUGCCGCUACGGAGCGGCGCGCAGCCUGCAGACGGAGCAGUUCUGCCAGUGGUUGAAGUCUCUGAUCCGAGACCAGAGGAACGCGGUUCUGGCGGGGCUGCUGGGCCUCCUGUGCCUGGCCUGCUUGGGCGUGUCCUCCGGGACCGCGCUGCCCGCCGUCUUCAUCCCCUUCACGCUCUGGAUGGCCAGCUAACGCUGCCCACGUCUUCCUCGCCGCGCAAAUUUUUGUAUCGUUUUCACGGGACUGUAAUGUAAUGUAAUGUAAUUAAUAAAGGAGGCCAUUUCGAAAGGCGGCUGCUGGCGUUCGUUGCCCCGCUGAUGCCGCUUCACUACACGGCAGAAAGGCUCUCACACAAACACA